AUGCAUCUGCUGUUGCUCAGUCUCCUGGCGCUGGGCGCGCACGCCCAUUCCAUUGGCUACCGCAACAAUCUGCUGUCCUAUGCGCCGGCGCGCGGCGAGUUUCCCGUUCAGAGCCAAUUGGCCCAGGGCUAUAUGCGGUAUCUGGACAACACGGGCGCCGAGCGUCUGGUUGCCUUCAAUUAUCCGGAACCACUCUACGGCAUACGCAGCAUUGAUCAGCAGGUGAAGGCGCAGGAUCAGCUGGAGCAGCAACAGCAGCAUUUGGCCCUCUUCCGCGCCUGGUGCGAGCAGCGCUAUAAUGCUUUGCGCGCGGAGCUGGAGCGCCUGCGCGCCGAGGGCAAACAGCCGUCGGCCAAUAUGCUGGCGCAGUACGAGCCGCUGGAGCAGAUCAUCAAGACGAACGCCUUUGAUGCGGUGCCCGGUCUCAAUCCGGAGGUGCAGCGCGCCCGUGACGAGCAUCUGCGCAUCUGGAACGAGGCGCGUCUGCAGGUGCUGCAAGCUGAGUCCGCGGUGCCGCAGGCGUCGCAGGAUGCCGUCAUCCAGUUGAAGUCCAUGAUUCCACUGCCCGUUGCCGCCAGCUGGGAGAAGCAGCCGCAGAUCAAGCAAAUCUCCAACAAUGCCGAGCCGCAGAACUCACCCCAGCCUGUGCAGGAGACAGCCGAGGUGCAGCGCGCCCGCGAGGAGCAUCUGAAGCGCUACAACGAGGCACUGCAGCAACAGCAGCAGCAGCAGCAGCCCGCAGAGCAACAGAUUCAGGAGCAGCUCGUCAAGAGCAGACCCGUUCAGCCCAUUGAGCAGCAGCAGCAGCAGCAGGCGCCGCAGCCCGUCGAGGAGACGCCCGAGGUGAAACGCGCCCGUGAGGAGCACCUGAAGCAAUAUAACGAGGUAAUUCUACGCCAAGCGGCCGAGGCACAGGCACAGCCCCAGCAGGAAUCCAUUGCAGCACCCUAUGAGCCACAGGCCGCCGUAAAGGCCGCCAUUCCACUCUCCGCCGGCUACGUUCAGAGCAUCAAGGCGCAUGAGCAGCAGAUUCAGCAGCUGAGCCUAACCAAGCUGAAGGCCGAGGAUAAAGUCGCUGACAUUUCGGACAAAAUACGCUACGAGGAACGCGAUCGGGAUGCGGAGCGCGAACUGGAGCAGGAGCGUCGCGAGGAGCUCAGACUGCUGGAGCUGGAGCGUCAGCGCGAGCUGCAGCGCCUGAUGGAGGAGCAGCGCCUGCUCGAUGCCGAGCGCCUGGCACUGCAGCAGCAGGAACAGCAGCGCAUCGAAAGCGAACGGCUCGAGGAGUCGCAGCGCCUGCAAGCCGAGCGCCUGGAACUGCAGCAGCAGCUGAAGAUCACGUCGGCACCGGCACAGCCGCAGCCCGCACAGCCUCAGCAUAUCGCGCAGCAGCAACAGGUCCAGAAUGGCUUCUUCCUGCGCAUUCAGUCCGGCCAGCCAAGUCAGCCCAUCAGUCCGUCCGUGCCCAUCGCUGAGCCCUAUCUGCUCGCCGAGCAUGCGCACAAUCCCUUCCUGGUGCGCUACGUCCAGCAGCCGCAGGCUCUAGUGAAGACCAUCAGCAAUUCGCAGUUGUCAGCCAACUCCAUCUCCUCCAGUGCCAGCGCCUCCUCCUCCACCUCCUCCACCUCCACAAAGAGCUCCAGCAGCCUCAGCGAACUGGAGCAGGCGACACGCGAGCACUUCAAAGCGCACGAGAUUGCCUUGGAGCAGCUGCGUCUGGCCAAUCAGAAGAAUCCCAAUCUGAUACCAUGUACCCAUUGAACACGGAUGCCGAACAAUUCGCACGCUUUGAAUAUUUUGUUCAGUUUUUGCACAAUUCAUCAAAAUUCAAUUCCAAUUUGUAUGCAUUAGACUUAAAUAACUCGUACCCAUUCACAUUCACACAAGCACUCACAUACUC